AUGAUGAUUGAAUCAUUAGUUGGUAUGAUAAAAUACCUUUCACCAAGAGAAGAUGAUGAUUGGAGUGAUAGAAUGAAUUAUUUAUAUACACCAAAUAUUUUAUUAGCUUUUAGCGUUUUAAUAUCUUUUAAACAAUUUGGUGGAAGACCAAUAGAAUGCAUGUUUCCUAAUAAAUUUCCAGGAUCAUGGGAACAAUAUGCUGAAAAUUAUUGUUGGUCACAGGAUACAUAUUUUGUUCAACCAUAUGAACAUGUAGCUAAUAUUGAUGAAAAAGAAAGAUAUUCACAAGAUAGAAAAUUAUCAUAUUAUCAAUGGGUACCGUUUUUUUUAUUAUUUCAGGCAGCAUGUUUUCGUUUUCCAUCAGUUUUUUGGAAAUAUAUAAGUUUAAAUAGUGGUAUUCGAGUACAUGAAAUUGUUGAAAGAGCUAUGGAUCCAUCUAAUCUUGAAAUGAAAACAAAAGAAAAAAAUAUAGAAAUUUUAACACAACAUAUUAGUGCUGCAUUAAGAUUUCAAAGAAAAAUUGCUAAAAAAAAUAUUAUUAUACAUAAAACAAUGAAAUUUCUAAAUAUUUCCUAUUCAGCUUGUUUUAUUAGUUAUAUGUAUUUAAUAAUGAAAAGUUUAUAUAUGAUAAAUAUUGUAAUACAAUUAUAUAUUUUAAAUAAGUUUCUUGAAACUGAUAAAUAUCAAUGGUAUGGUUUUGGUGUAAUAAAAGACAUCAUGCUUGGUACACAAUGGGAACGAUCAGGUUAUUUUCCACGAGUUUCACUAUGUGAUUUUACUGUUCGCCAAGUAGCUAAUAUACAAAAAUAUUCUGUUCAAUGUGUUUUAGUUAUUAAUAUUUUUAAUGAAAAAAUAUUUGUAUUUUUAUGGUUUUGGUAUGUUCUUCUUAGUUUAGCAACACUUGCCUCAUUUACAUAUUGGAUAUUUAUUAUGACAUUCUCAUGUUUUGGUAGAGGAUUUAUUUCAUCAAACUUAGAACUUAGUGAUAUUGAAGAUUUUGAUCCAACAAAAUGCAAAAAAAAUGUUAGAAGAUUUGUUAAUGAAUAUUUAAAACAAGAUGGUAUAUUUGUUCUUAGGAUGAUUUCAACACAUGCAGGAAUAAUUUUUGGUACAGAACUUGUAUCUAAAUUAUACUUUGUAUUUUUAGAAUUAGAAGAAAAUAGAAAAUCUGAAUUUAAUAAAAUGAUUGAAGAUCAUGUUAUAGAUUCAUUAAGAAAAAGAAAAAAUAAUAGAAAAGCUUCUAAUAUAUCUUUAUGUUCAGAGGAUCAUUAUAGUGGAUUACUUGAUAAUGUUGAAGAAAAAGAAAGACCUGAAACAGCAAACUCUUCAGGAACAGGUAAAUCAAUAAAAAGUCAAGGAUCUCAAACAUCAAAACAUUAUGAUUCAAAAAUUUCAAUUGAGGUUUCAAAUAAAUCUGUUGAAACAAGUAAAAUUGAAUAG